AUGGCUACCAAGUUCGACGAAGACGACCGUAAGGUCGCGCGCGAAAGCGGUCACGAAACAUUACCAGCUCCGCCAGCCUACGCGGAUGACCAUGUCAGUGUACAGACAGAUCAAGCAUUCGUCUACGAUGACAGCCAAAAACUCGGCUACACUGGUACCGUUUUUGUCAUCCUGAACAAAAUGAUCGGCACUGGAAUCUUCUCCACCCCGUCUGGCAUUUUUGCUGCUACAGGCUCAGUUGGUGUAUCGCUUUUCCUCUGGAUCAUCGGCGGCAUCCUCACCUUUGCUGGUCUGUCAGUCUUCAUCGAAUUCGGUCUUGCGAUUCCACGAUCAGGCGGCGAGAAGAACUACCUCGAGCGGGUAUAUCGACAUCCCAAGUAUGUUGCCACAUGCGUCCUUGCAUCCCAGAUGCUCCUGCUUGGCUUCUCUUCCGGCAACAGUCUGGCUUUCGGACGCUACUGCUUGCUAGCUUCUGGCAGCGAGGACGACGGAUGGAUUGCACGUGGGAUUGCCAUUGCCUGCGUCAGCUUCUCUGUCGGACUGCACGCCAUUGCACCAAAAUGGGGUAUCCGCUUGUUCAACGUACUAGGCAUCUUCAAGGUAUUCGUUCUGCUCUUCAUCGUUUUUUCAGGCUUCGCUGCUCUUGCUGGACACCGCAAAGUACCCAACCCGCACAAUUUCGACAAUGCCUUUAGUCUCGAGGUUGGUGAGGGCUACGGCGGAGGUGGUGCUUACCAAUACUGCCAAGCCUUACUCCGUAUCAUCUAUUCUUACAAGGGAUGGGAGAAUGCAAAUUAUGUGCUUUCCGAGGUCAAGAACCCGAAGAAGACGCUCAGCUGGGCUGCGCCUCUCGCUAUUGGCGGUACUACCAUCCUCUAUGUGCUCGCCAACGUGGCCUACUUCGCUGCCAUCUCGAAGGAAGACCUUGCGGGGAGUGAGGCGAUUGUUGCCGGUGUCUUCUUUCGUAACGUCUUCGGCGACAGCGCUGGAGCGCGCAGUCUUCCCGCCUUUGUCGCUCUCAGCAACCUGGGCAACGUGCUCGCGGUCAGCUUCGCUCAUUCUCGUCUGAACCAGGAGUUUGCCAAGGAGGGCCUCCUACCUUUCAGCAAGUUCUGGGCGUCCAACAAGCCCUUCAACGCGCCGGCUCCCGCGCUCUUCUUGCACUGGCUCAUCACUGUCAUUGUGCUUGUUGCGCCCCCGGCAGGGCCCGCAUACAACUUCAUCACCGAUCUAUACACCUACCCAGGAGCGUGGAUCAACGGAUUCGUGACGGCUGGUCUCAUCUACCUGCACUAUUCGAAGAAGGAACGCUGGGAAUCGCCGUGGCACACGUACCUCCCCAUCGCAGUUCUAUAUCUCGCAGCCAACAUCUUCCUCGCGCUUGUUCCCUUCAUCCCUCCGGAUGGCGACUGGAACGCUGACGGCUACCCAUACUAUGUGUUCCCUGUUGUUGGUGUCGCCGUGUUGCUGCUGGGUGUCUUCUACUGGUUCUGCUGGACCAAGUUAUGGCCGAAGCUGGGCGGGUACAAGAUUGUGGCGCAGAGACACGAGGAUGUACAGGGCGUCGAGCACGUGCGGUAUGUGAAGGUGUAUCACAAGCAUGAGUAG